ACUUACUCAACCAACCAGACGCCAGAUUGUUAUAAAUACAGAGUCUGCACUCAAGUCGAACGUCAGUAGGUUUCAGGUUAAUCAGUGAAACUUAGCCCAGUUGCAGAUCCGUCACCAUGAAAAUAAUUUUGUGUCUAGCCCUGGUAGCCGCCUCCUACGCUCUACCCAGCGUAGAGGUGCACCCGCUCUCAGACGAAUUCAUCGACAUCAUCAACAGCAAGCAGUCCACGUGGACUGCUGGAAGGAACUUCCACGUCAACACGUCCUUGGACCAUAUCCGUGGAUUGGUCGGUGUUAUUAAAACAUCCGUGAAGACUUUGCCCGUCAGGGGACACGAAGUGGGCAGCAGAGAAACCAUCCCCGAGACGUUCGACGCCCGCGAGCAAUGGGCCGACUGUGCUGCCAUUAUCGGCGAGAUCAGGGACCAAGCUGCCUGCGGAUCUUGUUGGGCUUUCGGCGCCGUUGAAGCGAUGAGUGACCGAAUCUGCAUCCAUUCCAACGGCGAAAAAAAAAUAUCCGUAUCAGCUCAAGACCUGCUCACUUGCUGCGCAACAUGCGGCUACGGUUGCAAUGGCGGAUAUCUCGAAUCCUCCUGGAAAUACUGGGCUGAGAGCGGUAUCACAACCGGUGGAUUAUACGGAGAGACAGAGGGCUGCAAAGCUUAUUCCAUCGAACCAUGCGCUCACCACGUCGACGAUUCCGUCAGGCCGGCUUGCACUGAUAUCGUCCGAACACCGGCUUGCGUCCAACAGUGCGACUCCGACGAACUCAAUUACAAGGACGAGCUUACUUUCGGCAGAAAGGACAGCAUUUAUCGGGUCCCCGAUGACGAGGCCCAAAUCCAACUGGAGAUCUUGACGAAUGGGCCCGUAGAAGCGGCCUUUGACGUAUACGAGGAUUUCUUUUCAUACAAGAGCGGUGUAUACCAAAAAGUAGCAGGGAAAGCCGUAGGUGGACACGCCAUAAAGAUCCUGGGUUGGGGUGUGGAGAAUGAUACACCCUACUGGUUGGUAGCCAACUCCUGGAACACCGAUUGGGGCGAAAAAGGAUACUUCAAGAUCCUCCGUGGGUCUGACCACGUUGGCAUUGAAUCCGAAAUUGUUGCCGGCCUGCCGCAAUUGUAAAAUAUGUGAUCAUUUAAUUUUUUUGUUUAAAAUAGACUGAGAAAUAUAUGAAAGUUUCCAAAAUAUUGUUAAUUAAUAAUUAUUUUUUGCUAAA